CCCAGGCGGUGCCAGUGGCGCUGGUGCCGUGAGCUGGUGGGGCUGUGCCGGGCUGCGCCAUGCUCCGUGCCGCGUGACACCGAGCUAAGCGCGCUCAGCAGCGCAGCGCAGCUCCGCCGCUGCCCCGUUCGCCGCGCAGCUCCGCCGCGGGGGUCCAGGAUACUCCGGCCGCGGGCCGCGCGAGCCAGGUCCGUUCUCACCGCGGUGACACAGGACCAGCCCGCCGCCGCCGCCCACUCCCCGCGUCACGCCCCCGCCCCCCGAGCGCCCCGCCGGCGGCGGCAGCGCACACCGCCCACCGCCCCCGGGGCCGGGCCUCGGCGACUGGGAGAGUCUGCGUCGGGCACCAGGAUGGGCACCCGGGCGUUGUCCUAGUCCACGGCGACGCACCGCGCCCUGGCACCCUCGGAUAGAUGCACCGGACAACCUCACGGGUGCAGUGAGCCGCAGCCAUGCCCGAGCAGAGCAAUGACUACCGGGUCGUGGUGUUUGGGGCGGGCGGGGUGGGCAAGUCCUCGCUCGUCCUGCGCUUCGUCAAGGGAACCUUCAGAGAGUCCUACAUCCCCACCAUCGAGGACACUUACCGACAGGUGAUAAGCUGCAACAAGAACAUCUGCACGUUGCAAAUCACUGACACGACCGGCUCCCAUCAGUUCCCCGCAAUGCAGCGGCUAUCCAUUUCCAAGGGCCACGCCUUCAUACUCGUGUACUCGUGCACCUCCAAGCAGUCGCUGGAGGAGCUGAGGCCUAUAUGGGAGGUCAUCAAGGAGAUGAAGGGUGCUGAGCUGCCCAACAUCCCCGUCAUGCUGGUCGGCAACAAGUGCGACGAGACGGAGAACAGGGAGGUACCCCUCACGGAAGGCGAGGCCGAGUCCAAAGGGUGGGGCUGCAACUUUAUGGAGACCUCGGCAAAAACCAACCACAACGUCAAGGAGCUGUUCCAAGAGCUUCUCAACAUGGAGAAGAACCGCAACAUCUCCCUGCAGUUCGACUCCAAGGGCAAGUCCCAGCUCAAAGGCACGAAGAAGAUUCGGGAGAAGUGUACGCUCAUGUAGCGCCUUGUUUUCUAAAUGUUAUUUUUACUUACGAUGAGAGCGUUCUGGGACCGAUGCAUCAGGUUGACUGGUGGUGGCUGGAUCCAUGGGGAGAGUCAAUUUUUAUUACAGAUCGAAAUCAACACCAAAUUC